ACAGACUGGAACCGCGGUGCAUGCUCACCAAAUGCGAGGCAGACUCUGGUUUCAUCACGCUCCUGUUCUUUGAGAGAGUUGCUCUGAAAUUUUCCAUGAACCCACCUCAUCAGGAGCAACCUUGUCUCAGCUUGAAACCUGUGUGGGUGAAAUAAAGGAAAUCGCUGAUGCUAGGCUAGACGAAGAAAAAAAAAAGAAGAUAAAAAAAAAAGUCAGCCGGCUAGAGCAGAGGAAGGAGGGUCACAAUCUGAGUGACUGAGAGCGAGUUAUUUAGUUGACCGUUUCCACCUGAAGACAUGGAGCACCAUUUCCUGAUGAGACUGUGGUGAGACCGGUGCAGCCCUGUCACGCCCACAGCGCCCCCUUUCGGCCCGGACGGCCCACCACGCCCCGGCGCCUAUGAAAGGGUACCAUGUCAGCCGUAGCAUGUCCCAGCAUUCCUCCAGUGGUGGCGGAGGAGGAGGCCCCUGCCACUGCACGCCUGAAGACUGCGAUGGCCCGGGCCGAGACUACUACCAGGGUCACAGCGAUGGCCACUACUAUCCUCCGGGAGGUCCAGCUGAGGCUCUGGCGCUGGAGAGGCACCAUUCCCACUCCCACUCCCACUCCCACAGCCAUUCCGGAGGGGGCACGUUCCCUCGUUCCCACCCCAGCCAGCACCCAGCCCUCCAGUCGUUUGACUCUUGCGAGGAGUGCCUGUCCUCGGGCCACGGAGGGAAGAUGCAUCGCAUCCCCCCAAACCUGAUGGACCAGUUUGAGAAGCAGGUGCCCUUUCAUCCUGACGGCUUCCACACGCUGCAGUACCAACGCACUGCUAGUGGGGGUGCCGAGCAACGCAGCGAAAGCCCAUCCCGCAUCCGUCACCUAGUCAACUCUGUGCAGCGCCUCUUUGCCAAGUCCCAUUCCCUGGAAGCACCAUCCAAACGGGAAUACAACGGCACAAGGGGAGGCGGAGACUACCGUGAGAGAGGAGGAGGCCACAGGAGCGGAGGAGAGGAUGGUGGAGGCCACUACUCAGGUCACCAGUCUCGCUCUACCAGGAGGAGCAAGUCUCGAGAACGUAGCAAGAGCGGAGACUCGCGGCACGAGUCGGGUAGACGUCACCGCAGCAGGACAGCGGGCUGGUGGAGCUCUGACGACAACCUGGACAGCGAUAGCAGCUUCCUGGUGAGUGGGGGCAGGCGGGGGUAUCCCACCGGACACGAGAGCCUGGAUGCUGCCAUCCAAGAGCUCACCAUGAAGAAGCCCAAGGAGCGUGGGGGUGGGCCAGGGCCUGGGCCUGGGCCUGGGGAGUGCAUCGCCUGUACCACAAUGGCUUUGGCGGGAAGUGAAGGAGGGGGACACCACGGGCAUCAUGGCCACUCCCUGAAGAGGAGCACCUGGUCAGCCAUGACAGUGAGUCAGGCUAGGGAGGUGUACCCUUCCGCCAGGGGAGGAGGCUACAACAAGGCCCUUGUGCCCAUGGAGAGCAAGCUGAAGGAGAGGACCUUCCACUACCUGCAGGUCCCUUCAGAGGACUGGGGAGGUGGAUACGCCGGCGGCGGUGGCGGCCCAGCCGACAGUGGAGGGGAGAUUCCUUGCCGUCGCAUGCGAAGCGGGAGCUACAUCAAGGCAAUGGGCGAUGAUGACAGUGCCGAUUCAGACACCAGCCCCAAAGCCUCGCCCAAGUCCACCCUGAUUGCACAGAGGGACGCCUUUAGACGAUCCAUCAGCAUGGAUCAAAGGUACUCAUGUAAGCAGUGUACAGAUUCCUACCCUAACAGCCGAACCACACCCAAAACCCACACCCGCUCUCGUAGUUACACCCGCUCUCUGACCAGCUCACAGCUGGGGGACACAUUGAACCGUCAGUUCGAGGCGGUGUGUGAGACCAUGUUCGGGGAGGUGGAGUCUCAAGCCGUAGAGGCCCUGGAUCUUCCAGGCGUGUUCCGCACUCGCAGCCACAGCUACGUCCGCGCCAUCCAGGCCGGCUGUUCCCAGGACGACGACUGCCUCUCCGUCUUCUCCAUGUCAGGCCCCCAGGGAAGCAUCAAGGGUGGGGCCGUCUUUCCUUAUCGUAAAGGUGCUCCUCCCCCACUCCCACCUCGCAUGUCCAAGUCUUCACUCUCGGUGCGGGCCCAGAGCAGCACCGAGUCCACCCAGGAUGCCUACUUUCAGAGCAGUGGACAGCCGGCCUCAGUCUCGGGCCCCGGGCGCGUCAAGCAGCACAGCAACUCCGUGGACCUGGGCAGCUCUGACGGGCCCUCGGGUCGCACCUCCAGAGGAGGGGGCUACUACAUCGCUGCUGGCCCCGGACGCUCCAGGCAGCACAGUAACUCGGCAGAGAGCCUAGAUGGGGUCAGGGGUUCGCGGGAGCUGGUGCCCUACGGAGGGGGUCCAGGAGUGGGGGUGAGGGCCAAGCACAGUAGCUCAGCUGACAGUCUGCUGGAGGGGCCUCCGAGGCCGGCCCGGGAGAGGGACGGUAGGGUCGGGGGCAGCCUAGGGAAAUCAGCAUCUCUGCCGCAGAACAGCAUAGUGCUGAGUAAAGCUGGAGGGCAGGAUGAAGGACGUGGUGGGAGAAAGUGGAGUCCAUCCAUAGCUGUGCAGGUGGACAGCUCAGAGACCCUGUCAGAUUCAGAGGGAGAGGGCAAAGCUCUUACAGAGGUCCACUCUAUAGGAGUCCAAGUGGAAGAUGACAAAAGGCGGGCCAGGUUCAAGCGCUCCAACAGCGUGACGGCAAGCGUGCAGGCCGACCUGGACCCGGAGGGCUUCCCAGGGCUCAGCAUCGCCGUGCCAACACAGGACAAGAGUCUUCAGUUCGGCUGUUCCUUCCAAAGGCACUCGUCAGAGCCCGAGUCUGCUAGCCAGUACACAGAGUGUCACCGCACUGUCCACACGCAGGGACAAUGGGCCUACAGAGAGGACUUUAUCCAGAGUGGCUACACCACUGAGGCGGACCCGCGGCCUCACCAGCACCCGCACUUGCCUCCACGCUCCCACUCCCCUCUGCCCAUCACCGCUGAGCGAGCCUGGGCGGGGACGCCGUCCCUCGAGGGGCCCCGGAGCCUGCCCGACUCGGGCCGAGCCUCGCCCUGCAUGAGAGACGGAGAGUUCUUCUUACGUCUCCUGCAGACAGAGGUGGAGAGGAUGGAGGGCUGGUGCCAGAACAUGGAGAGAGAGGCUGAAGAGAACGAACUGCCAGAGGAGAUUCUUGAGCUGAUCCGUAAUGCAGUUGGCAGCGCCCAGAUGCUCAUGUCUCAGAAAGUCCAGCAGUUCUUCCGCCUCUGCCAACAAAGUGUGGACCCAUCGGCCUACCCCCAGCCCACCUCUCAGGACCUGGCAGGCUUCUGGGACCUGCUCCAGCUCAACAUAGAGGACGUCAGGGUCAAGUUUCAGGACCUCCAGAGGCUCAAGGACUCUGGUUGGAGGCUCCCACCUGAAAAGAAGGAGGACAAGAAGCUUCCUCCUCCCUUACCAAAGAAGCCAGUGGGUGGGGUGAGUGGCAGCCUCCGGGCCGAUAGCGUUGGGGACGCGGCCGCCGGAGGAGGUGGGUCGGGAGGACUGGUGGUGCCCCGUGUGGGCGGACACACCCUGCCCAUCAGGGAGAAGUCCCUGGACCUCGGGGACCGUCAGAGGACAGAAGCGAGGAGGAGGCUGCUGCAGACCAAGAGAACCGCCUCCUUCAGGCAGAACUCGGCCACGGAGAGCGCCGACAGCAUCGAGAUCUACAUCCCCGAAGCCCAGACUCGGCUCUAAACGCAAGGCUGCGGCAUCUCCCCACUCCACCUCCUCACUCAUCCCUCACCCCUGCGAAGCAGACCUGCGCCUAGUUUUGGAUCCUCUGUGGGUCGUUGCUGUUUAUCUGCUACCUUCCCUCUGCAUUCCCAUUAGUUCACUUACCACAACUGCGAAUUCAGAUAUCUUGCUCAUUAAACAAGCAAUGACAGCCAUUUUAGUGUCUUGAAAUUUGGACAUUUUACUGCACAGAGGCCUAGACCUGAAAUGGUAGCUAGCAGAUAUUAGUUACAGACCUUUUUAACUCUGAAUUUCUUUUUUUUUCCCAUGUUGGCUGAGAAGAAACAGUCCAUUUUUAUAACACUAGGCAGCAGAGGUUCACGCAGUAGUAGCAUGCCUGUGCGUGUUCACCUAGCACUUCUCCAUCACUGAAAAUAAAGGGCUUAACAGGCACAAAACCUCUGACAGAAUCUCCCCGAAUGGAUCCCUGACGCCAUUUGCAGCAGAUUCACAACAAGACGUAUCCAUACUCUUCACCGAUGCUACCAGUAUGGAUGAAUAAACAUGGAUGAAUUUCUCGCCAUCAGUUUAAAUGCCCUUAAAGUCAGAUGUUGGCAGUCCCCAAAGAACAUCCUCCAAGCGUAGUCGGCCAACUACAGCUGGCACCUUUCACCGAGGUGCCAUCUGUACACCCAGGCACUCAGUCAAAGAAUAUGAAAUAAUUCUCUGUCCCUCUCCUUCACUCCUCACGUCCCGCGUAUCCAUCGACCACCCUCGGCACUCAGUAGUGAGGCUGUUUGAAUGUGCAAGUGCUAUUUGUACAUAGUGUGCACACUCAUGUUUGCCAAAAGGAGCUUCUGCAGUAUAGCAUCACAGCCUUGACAGCUAGAGAGCAUCACAGACAAAAAAAACAGGAAAAGAAAAAAAAGAGCAGUUUGCUUUUUAUGUAGUCUUUCUGAAGUUUCAAGUGUUCAGGGGUGGGGUUGCUGGGAAUUUUUAGGUGAAUAAAUUUUGGUGGCUUUUCAGGACUUUACUGAGAAGGCCUCCAUUUCACUGUGAGACUAUAGCACCACCAAGUGGUCAAAUGUGGACCCAAACCAACAACAGUGGUCUGCAGAGAGAUAUUUCCACCUCAGUCAGAAAUUAACAGACGCCCUGAUGAAACAGCCAUGACAGAAGAUCAGUUUCUUUAUUAUUACCCCCCACCCCCACUUCUUUCCCUUGACACACAGUGUGUUUCCUGUUUUAUUUUAAUGGAUAUUGUUUUAGUGGACUUUCCCAUGGUGUUUUUGCAUAAUUAAGAUGGCAGUGGAUCACAAAGUAAAAAGUUAAGAGAGUCAGUAGAAAGUCAGUAGAAUCCGCUUGCCUAAAUUGAAGUAUAAUCCUCACACAGUUUCACACACACUGCUGAUGAAAGAAGGAACAAGUCCUCUGAUCGAACGAAAACAAGAGGAGUCAUAUUGUAUGUAGCUCCCUUCUAAUGUAUGUUUGUUGCACUAUGUGUUCCUUCCCCUUCCUCUUUUUUUAUCUGGUAUUUCCACUGACUGAAGUGUAGCAUGAUAUGAAAAGCUUUUGAAAGGAUCUCAUUUACAAGUUUAUGUCAGAACACAAAUUUCUUAUUUAAGUAGUUUAUAUACGGACAUUGUGUACAGGCUUGUGCGAGUGUGUGUAGUGUGAACAUGAAGGGCUGUGUGUCGUUAGGAAAGUGUGAUGAAGCCCGCUGAGUGCUAAAAAGUCCAAAUCAGCCAUUUUAAAGACAAAAAAGAGAGAGAGGAAAAAAAACACAAAGUAUAAGAAUCUUUUAGCAUGACCUGUUUAUUUGUUUUCUAAAAUUUGGAUGGAAUGUGUUGGCAAAAUGGGAUAUUUUAAUGGGAGAUGUAUAUUUUAUAAUAUAAUCUACAUUUCUAGAUUAGUAGAGACUAUUGAGUACAGUAAUAUGUACAAAAAAAGCAUAUAUCAAAUGUGAAAUACUAAAGUAUUAUUACAAUAGAUUAUAGCAUUGUGUGAUACUACAGCUGUGUGGCAUAUCCAGACUCAGUACAUGUGAAAAAGAAUUUCAAAUGAUUAUUAUUAUUAUCUUCAGUUUGUCAGUGCUGGGUCAGGUUCACAGGGUAUAACUGGCAAGAGCGUUAAUUGCCAAGUAUGAUCCUCCUUAGGCCUACUGUAUAUCUAUCUGUGGUUCUAACAACAUAUACUGCUGUAUCCCCUCCCUGUACUUCCUCUUUAGAACCAACUACAUGUGCCUAACCAGCUAUGUGUGGAGGUUUCCUUUGAACACAGUUUACAGUAUAUGUGUGUGUGUGUGUGUGUGUGUGUAUAUAU